AUGCGGUGGGGCGUCUUUCUCCUCUCGUUCGCCGCGCACCUCUUCCUCUUCGACCUCUUUAGCCCCGGGACGCCGCACGACCUCGACCACAUCCUCGACUGGGCCCUGCUUGGCCCGGGGGCUGCCACCGCUGCAUCGCCGAUCCACGGCGUCUACCUGUUCCGCGGCCUCAACCCACCGCUGCUGGCCGACACGAGCUACUGCGACUGGGACGCAGCGGAGCAGGUCGUCUCGUGCCCGACGUGGGCGCCCGGCUUCUUCCACGCGGUCGCAGACAGCCUUGACUACACCGGGACCCCGUUCGCGCCGACCACCUUCCCCUUCUCGAGCCCGGGCCUCAGCGGCCGCGCACUGAUCCGCGUGCUGCGGCUGGGACGGCUCCUCCGUCUGCGGAUCGUCUUCCAGUUUGACGCGCGGCUGCGCGAGGCAGCGACGGCGGAGACCGUGCUUGGCUUUGGGGUCGCGGGGCGGCAGGCGGGUGGGCUCGGCUUCAAGCUGCGGCGGCUCGGCGGCGGCGCGUGGAGGAGGGUCAACCUGUGGCACGGCGUGGAGGCGGAGAGCUACUACGACCUGCUGCCCGUGCUGACUGCGCGCGGCGGCCUCAACCGGCGCAACCUCGCGCUUGCAAAGGAGAAGCUCGGCGGGAGCCAGCUGCUCAGCCUCUGA